AUGUCUCUUCCCAGUGACUUCAAAUGGGGCUUUGCCACCGCCUCUUACCAAAUCGAAGGUGCUGUUGACAAGGAUGGCCGUGGGCCCGCCAACUGGGAUACCUUCUGUGUCAAGCCUGGCAAGAUCGCAGACGGUAGCUCUGGUGUCACCGCUUGUGACUCUUACAACCGCACUGCUGAGGAUAUCGCACUUCUCAAGUCCCUCGGCUCCAAGGCGUACCGUUUCUCUCUCUGCUGGUCCAGAAUCAUUCCUCUCGGUGGUCGCGAAGACCCCAUUAACCAGGCUGGAAUUGACCACUACCGCAAGUUCGUCGACGACCUUCUUGACGCCGGCAUUACCCCCUUUAUCACCCUUUUCCACUGGGAUGUCCCCGACGAGCUGGACCGCCGCUAUGGUGGUCUCAUGAACCGCGAAGAGUUUCCUCUUGAUUUCGAGCGCUACGCUCGUGUCGUAUUUGAGUCUAUCCCCCGCUGCAAGAACUGGAUCACCCACAACGAGCCCUGGUGCUCGGCCAUUCUUGGUUACAGCACUGGUUCCAACGCUCCCGGCCGCUGCUCUGAUCGUAGCAAGUCUGAUGUUGGUGACUCUUCAACUGAGCCCUGGAUUGUCGGCCACAACCUUCUUGUUGCCCACGGCCGUGCCGUCAAGAUUUACCGCGAGGAAUUCAAGCCGAAGAAUGGUGGUGAGAUCGGAAUCACCCUCAAUGGCGACGCCACAUAUCCCUGGGACCCUAAGGACCCGAAAGAUGUUGAGGCUGCCGAACGAAAAAUCGAAUUUGCCAUCUCUUGGUUUGCUGAUCCCAUCUACUUUGGUGACUACCCAGCUUCGAUGAAGGCGCAGCUUGGCGACCGUCUCCCUACUUUCACCCCUGAAGAGAAGGCUCUUGUCCUCGGAUCCAAUGAUUUCUAUGGCAUGAAUCACUACACUGCCAACUAUGUCAAGCACCGUGAAGGUGAGGCCGAACCAGAAGACUUUGUUGGCAACCUUGAGCUACACUUCUGGAACCACCGAGGCGACUGUAUCGGCCCUGAGACCCAGUCUACCUGGUUGAGGCCAUGUGCCCCAGGCUUCCGUGACCUGCUUGUCUGGAUUUCCAAGCGCUAUGGUUACCCCAGAUUGUACGUUACCGAGAAUGGUACCAGUAUCAAGGGCGAGAACGAUAUGCCACGUGAGAAGAUUCUGCAAGAUGAUUUCCGUGCCCAAUACUACGACGACUAUGUGAGAGCCAUGGCCGAUGCCUCCACACUCGACGGCGUGGAUGUCCAUGGUUACUUUGCUUGGUCUCUAUUGGACAACUUCGAGUGGGCCGAGGGCUACGAGACUCGAUUCGGCGUUACAUUCGUUGACUAUGAGAACGACCAGAAGCGAUACCCCAAGAAGAGUGCCCAACAUUUGGGACCUCUGUUCGAGAGCCUCAUCCGAAAAGAUGAGAACGGAAAGGCAAUGAACACAAAUAUCAAGGCAGGACAGACCUGA